GCGUUUUGACUGCGAGUCCUUUUUGUCCCCUACUGGGUGCCGUGUGGCUUCCCGUGGACGUGCUGGCUGCGGAACAAAAUGGCAGCCACCGCGGCGGUGCCUGGCGCUGCAGCCGGCCGAGCGAACAAACGCGGCGGCGGCGGCGGCCCGGGCGGCGGUGGAACCCAAGGUGCGGAGGAAGAGCCGCCGCCGCCCCUCCAGGCGGUUCUAGUGGCUGAUAGCUUCAACCGCCGCUUCUUCCCCAUCUCCAAGGACCAGCCUCGGGUGCUCUUGCCCCUGGCCAAUGUUGCACUCAUUGACUAUACUAUGGAAUUCCUGACUGCCGCAGGUGUGCAGGAAACAUUUGUCUUUUGCUGUUGGAAAGCUGCUCAGAUCAAAGAACACUUACAGAAAUCCAAGUGGUGCCAUCCUACGUCCCUCAACGUUGUUCGCAUAAUCACAUCAGACCUAUACCGAUCACUAGGGGAUGUCCUCCGUGAUGUUGAUGCCAAGUCCUUGGUGCGCUCUGACUUUCUCCUGAUAUAUGGAGAUGUCAUCUCAAAUAUCAAUAUUUCCAGAGCCCUGGAGGAACACAGGUUAAGAAGGAAGCUAGAAAAAAAUGUGUCUGUGAUGACGAUGAUCUUCAAAGAGUCAUCGCCCAGCCACCCCACACGCUGUCACGAGGACAACGUGGUGGUGGCUGUGGAUAGCACCACAGACCGGAUCCUUCACUUCCAGAAGACCCAAGGCCUUCGGCGAUUCUCGUUUCCUUUGAGCCUGUUCCAGGGCAGUCGAGACGGAGUGGAGAUUCGAUAUGAUUUGUUGGAUUGUCACAUCAGCAUUUGCUCUCCUCAGGUAGCUCAACUCUUCACAGACAAUUUUGACUACCAAACUCGAGAUGAUUUUGUACGAGGCCUGUUAGUGAACGAGGAGAUCCUAGGAAACCAGAUUCAUUUGCAUGUGACCACUAGGGAAUAUGGUGCCCGGGUCUCCAACCUACACAUGUACUCAGCUAUUUGUGCUGAUGUCAUCCGCCGAUGGGUCUACCCUCUCACUCCAGAAGUGAACUUCACUGACAGCACCACACAGAGCUACACUCAUUCCCGACACAACAUCUACCGAGGGCCUGAAGUCAGCCUGGGACAUGGCAGCGUCCUGGAGGAAAACGUGCUUCUGGGAGCUGGCACUGUCGUUGGUAGCAACUGCUCCAUCACCAAUAGUGUCAUUGGCCCUAACUGCCACAUUGGUGAUAAUGUGGUACUGGACCAGGCCUACCUGUGGCAGGGAGUCCGAGUGGCCGCUGGAGCACAAAUACACCAGUCUCUGCUCUGUGACAGAGCUGAAGUCAAGGAGCGAGUCACACUGAAGCCACACUGCGUCCUCACUUCCCAGGUGGUAGUGGGCCCAGACAUCACACUGCCCGAGGGCUCGGUGAUCUCUUUGCACCCUCCAGAUGCAGAGGAGGAUGAAGAUGAUGGCCAGUUUAGUGAUGAUUCUGGAGCUGACCAAGAAAAGGAGAACGUGAAGCUGAAAGGUUACAAUCCAGCAGAAGUUGGCCUUGAAGGCCAGGGAUACCUCUGGAAAGCUGAGGAUGUAAACUCUAAGGAAGAUGAGGAGCUACGGCAGAGUCUCUGGGGACUCAUGAUCAAGAUGGAGGAGGACAGUGAGACUGAAAGUGAGGGAAGCGUGGAUCCUGAGGAGCCAGACAGCCGAGCAGGCUCCCCUCAGCUGGAUGACAUCAGAGUUUUCCAGAACGAGGUCCUAGGAACACUGCAGCGGGGCAGAGAGGAGAACAUCUCUUGUGACAAUCUAGUCCUGGAGAUCAACUCUCUCAAGUAUGCCUACAACAUUAGCCUAAAGGAAGUGAUGCAGGUCCUGAGCCAUGUGGUCCUGGAGUUCCCCCUGCAACAAGUAGAUGGCCUGCCUGACCCAAACCGCUACUGUGCCCUGCUGCUUCCUCUGCUCAAAGCCUGGAGCCCUGUUUUUAGGAACUACAUAAAGCGUGCAGCUGACCAUUUGGAAGCACUGGCAGCCAUCGAGGACUUCUUCUUGGAACAUGAAACUCUUGUUACUUCCAUGGCCAAGGUCCUGAUGGCUUUCUACCAGCUGGAGAUCCUGGCUGAGGAAACAAUCUUGAGCUGGUUCAGCCAAAGAGACAUUACUGACAAAGGCCAGCAGUUGCGGAAGAAUCAACAGCUGCAGAGGUUCGUCCAGUGGCUGAAAGAGGCAGAAGAGGAGUCAUCCGACGAUGACUGAUGCAACUGCGUCUCAUCCGUGCACCUCAUUGGCUGUCCUAACCGAGAGCUAACGGAAAUCUAGCUACAGAAGCAUGUAGCCACGACAGACUGAGAAUUAUUGGAACGGGAGUUGAAACUACAGUAUUCUUCCUGCGGCUGGCAACCAUGUACUGCUCGUCCUGACUGGAGUUCGGAUGAGGGAAGCUAGACUGAACUGGGGGAUUGGGGCUUGGCCAGAGGAAGUGCUUUGUGUUCCAGCUUUCCCUCAGGGAACAGUAAAGAGCAGCUGGUCCUCUC